UUGCCUCGUCGAUUUCAUCUUCGUUGUUGUCCAAUUCCACAGUCUGUCUCUCUCUCGAUCUCGAUGACAUUUGAGCUGAGAGAGAUAUCUCUGCUGUGGAUUUGAUGCGCAAGCCGCAUGAUAUUUCACCUGUCAAUUUUUUGAAGUUUUCUGAAAGGGAUUGAGCCGAAAAAAUGGGGAAUGUUUUUGUGAAGAGACCGAAGAUCACGGAGGUGGACAGAGCCAUUCUUUCCCUCAAAACUCAACGGCGGAAGCUCGGUCAAUACCAGCAGCAGCUAGAGGCUGUCAUUGAUGCUGAAAAGCAAGCUGCAAAAGAUUUACUUCGGGAAAAGAAGAAAGACAGGGCAUUGUUAGCAUUGAAAAAGAAGAAGGUUCAAGAAGACCUGUUAAAGCAAGUUGACGGUUGGCUUAUCAAUGUAGAGCAGCAAUUAGCAGAUGUCGAACUGGCAAGCAAGCAAAAGGCGGUUUUCGAGAGUUUGAAGAGCGGAAAUAAUGCAGUUAAAGCGAUGCAAAGUGAGAUAAGCCUCGAUGAUGUUCAAAAACUGAUGGAUGAUUCUGCCGAGGCAAAAGCUUAUCAAGAAGAUUUGAACGCCAUUCUGGGUGAGAAGCUAUCGGCUGAAGAUGAAGAGGAAGUUUUAGCAGAAUUUGACAAUCUAGAAGCUCAGUUAACUCUCGGGGAUCUGCCCAAAGUUCCGUCUGCAGCACCUUCUACUCAAGAACCAGAAGACGAGCUUGACCUUCCUGACGUGCCAACCAAAGCUCCGGCCAUGUCAGAAGCCGUUGCGUCCUCUUCAUCUGAAAUUUCUGAACAUAGAAAAGGUCUCUCUCUCUCUCUCUCUCUCUCUCCCCCCCCCCCCCCCCCCCCCCACCAUUGUUAAGACCAGACAAUUAUAUACCCUCUUUGUAUGACUGCAGUGAUGGAGGAACCAUUAGCUGCUUAAUAUACGGAGCGAGCUGAGCUUGAUGCCAGUGAAUCAUGGGUAGUAAAGAUCGAUGAUCACGGGCCUUCUUUAUGCCAACGACGCGCAUUUUAUUCCGACGCGAUUGUGCUCUAUAUCAUGAAUUUUUCAGAUGACUGGCAUUGCUUUUGCUAAUCGUGUACGAUAACAGUCUUUCUGUUUCUUUUUUCUCACAUUGUUGGCAUUUUGUAAAUUCUACUAAAUAUAUACAUAUUAUGAUUGAUUCUUGUUUGCUGUA